UACUAAAAGCCCUAUUUCCUCAAAAUAUAAGCUUCCACGUCACCUAUAAUAAUCAGCCACUCUAAACAUGUGGUUUCUGGCUGGGCUUCGAUUGUUUUUCAAUGGGUUUGUUUCGUUUUUCGGUCUGGGCUAAUGGGCUUCGUCUGGUUUGUGUUACGGCUUACUCCUUGAGUUAAACCUAGAUCUACGGAGGCAAGUCGCGAGUCUCUCCAUCUCUUCCCCAUGUCUCUUCGUCUUCUCCUCUGUGUUUUGAUCAUCCCAUUCUUCGCGAUCGGUUUCUUUCAAUCAAUUCCGCCAUCAAUUUCUUUUUUAUGGUUUCUUUUCAUCUUCCCCCUUUCCUCUUUCUUUAUAUAUUGUUUCUUCCCCCGUGUAAAAAUCAAAAUCCUAGAAACUCAAUCGAUGGCGAUGAAACCACAUGGUAAGUCGAUUGUGUCCUCCGAUAACGACGAAAAAGUCGUCUUCUUCAGAGAUCUCUCGCUGGGUCCCCACGAAGCUCAGUUGCGGUUUUGGCUCAUCCAUUUCUGGGAGGCUUGGAAUCCGCUAAAGAAGACGCUUAUUGGCAUGGAGAUGCUACUCAUCGACGAACAGGUUAUAGUAAUUAACCAUUUUUUAUCAUUUCGAAAGAAGUUUAUGCUUAUUGUUCUUCACUUACAUAUUUUGGUUUCUCUUAUGUUGUUAUUCGCAGGGAACUAUUAUUCAAGGAUUCAUUUCCCCAGGGUGUAUCGAAAAAUAUAUGCCUGAGAUGAAGCGAGGAUCUGUUUACAAACUCAACAACUUCUACGGAUCCAGAAACAAAUCAGUGUUUCGGGUUGAUGAUCAUACCGUUACAGUGUCGUUCUCAUGGAACUCGGAGUUGACGGUUCUUCUAGACUGUCCCACUCAUUUUGAUGCAGACAGUUUCCGGUUCCAUUCAUAUGAAGAGUUUCAAGCUAACUGCGACCUCAAAGGAGACCUCUACGAUGUUGUUGGCCACAUGAAGUUGGUUAAUGGUCAGAGUAUCGUUGAGGCACCAGUUCUUGACGAAGUGGAGAUAGCAAAAGCUAGGCGUGUUCUGAUUCACGUCCAAUCACACGAGUAGGUGUACAUUAUUUUUUGGAAACUACUUCUCUUUACUCCUAUUAACUAUUUAUUAUCAUUUUUUCAGUGGACCGGUCAUGAAGCUAUACCUUUGGGAUCAGGCUGCAAGAGACUUCUGCAAAAAGUUCAAGUCGUACUAGGGCACACCCACUGUGUUACUGGUCACGACCGUUAACACGAAGACUCUCGGAGGUUCUGAUUUUUAUCUAUACUAUAGGUUUCUUACAGUUAUAUAUCAGCAUUUUGUGUUAUUUAAUGGGUUUUUCCAUUUGACAACAGGUACUCUGGC